CUGAUUGUUUCAUUCAAUAUUUCCAGAUUGUCCGAAGAAGAAGUCGACGUGCACGCUUCUGGAAUAUGGGACUCUUGUUCCUUAUCUACUACUGCGUUACUGUGUACUCAGCCAAGGGUGAUGAAAAACCCGAAACUGCAUUAAAUCCCGACAGUUUGCAGGAGGAUGGGGAUAGCGCUUUAGGUGAAACAUCUGAUAAGGAGGUAGAUCUCUCAGACGCCAAUGCGGCUGAUAGUACAUUAGGACCAAGUGUUACAACGGAGGGUGCCACCAUUAUGUCCACAGCACCAACACAUACUGCUGCUAAACAUGCCGUUCCUACUUGGCGACCGAAACGAAAUUGUACUCCACCCGCUAUUGAACAAUUCCCACAGCCAUUGAUGGGCAAAUGGGCACGCCAACAUGGUGGACUCAUCAUUCAUAUCAUCGUUGCCGUAUUUACGUUUUUCGGUUUGGCUAUCGUUUGCGAUGAAUACUUUGUCGCCAGUUUGGAUCGUUUAUGCGAAGAACUAAAACUUGCACCUGAUGUAGCGGGCGCCACUUUCAUGGCGGCUGGUAGUUCGGCGCCCGAAUUGGCUACAGUGGUGAUCGGAGUGUUCUUUGCAAAAGAUGAUAUCGGCAUAAGUGGUGUUAUUGGCUCGGCGGUAUUCAACAUUAUGUUCGUGAUAUCGGUUUGUGCUCUCUGCUCUGGAACUGUUUGCCAAUUGAAUUGGUGGCCUUUAGUGCGAGACUGCUUCUUCUACAGUCUAUCCAUUCUGGUUAUGCUGAUCAUCAUUUUCAAUGACGUUAUCUCGUGUUACGAAGCGGUAUUCAUGUUGCUCUGCUAUGUGGGAUAUUGCGUUGCUCUUACAUUCAACACGGAACUGGAACGAUGGGCUUUAUCCUUAAAUUUACCAUUCAAAUUGCCAACCAAAGAGGAACAAUCGUCGCUGGUGACCUACAAAAAUAUACCCGAUAGUUCGUACACACAAGGCACACAACAACAACAGCAAACGAGUUUGACACAAGACGGAGCCUCCGGAUCGCAACAACAACAACAACAACAGUCAACAAGCGAAUAUCAAAAUUAUGGAGAUCCAAAUUCUAGUUGGGAUCCGAACGCCGCUUGGGGCGAAGAUUCGUCGACAAAUCCAGUGGGAGUCAGUGUUAGAUACGGCCAACCACCAGGCGAAGAUGACUGGGGCACAAAUACAUUUACCACCUCAGGACCCGGCUCUGGUCAUGAAAAUUAUGCAUACAAUCCCGAUCAACCGGAUGCAGUCGUCACACCAACAAAUACAAAUGAUGACGGCAGCAAACCGGUUGUCGGCAAACCACAGCCAACUGGCGUAGAAUACUAUAAAUCAUCUGACAAGUCGAAAGAGGCACGCCCCAAUCCAUUGGAACGUCCCACGGCAGGCGGACUUCCAACACUGAUCUCCUGGUAUGUCGUCUAUCCCAUACACUAUUUGUGCCAGAAAACUAUGCCGGAUUGUCGCACUGAGAAAUACCGCAAUUGGUAUCCAUUCACAUUUAUCGUGUCGAUGAUUUGGAUCUCCUUCUAUUCGUAUUUUAUGGUUUGGAUGAUAACGGUGAUUGGCUCAACAUUGGCCAUACCGGACACGGUUAUGGGAUUGACAUUUGUUGCU